AGAGAAUCAUAGGAACUUAGCUUUGUGCAUAAAGCGUGCAGAGGUGGUAAUAAAUAAGCUAAUAAGUUGUCAUAAGUUAUAUGUAAAUGACGUAAACGGAAACACAGAAAAGUAGCUGAACUCCGAUUAAGCGUAAUGACCAGUCUUGGCGUCUUGGGCUCAGAGAACAGUGCGGGGGUGGAACGUGGCAUACAAGAUCUGGUCUCGGGUUUGCUUUUUUUGGUGUUCGAUUGGGGAGGAAGGCUAACAGGAAAUGAAAGACUUCCAUAAAAUCCAAAGGAACAAAAGGGAAUAGAUUGCAUGUGCGCAGAGGGGAUACUAACCGACUUAAGGAGCAGAAAACCUGGCAAGGGUUACAAGGCUUGACCAUAGAUGACAGCGGUCUGGGUGCCCCACUAUAUCCGGUAGGGAGUGAGAAACUACAUUUCCCAGCAUGCUGUGUAUCUCUGGGUGACGUCAUCUUUUGGUGACGUCAUCUUUGCAGUGUUGGAAGACUGGGUCUGGGUGGAGAUUUGGAAAAGGCUACUCAAGCUGGAGGUAUCCCACCCGGGUGAUAUUGGAACCCCAAAUUUGGCCGGUCCGCAUAGAAGCGGAAGGAAGGGGGAUUUUUUCCCCCUUCUAGAUGUCCACCAUGGAGGCCUUCCUGGACCCAGGUGACAAAGACCUACUGGAUUUCCUGAAGGAGGAAGGGGGAGAUCUGUGGGGCAUAUCUGGGGAGGGGCAAGAGGUCCAGCAGGAUGAUGGGAUGCUGUCUCCUGAAGUGCUGAAUGAAUGGGAGGCAGAAGAUUUCCUGAUGUCCCUGCUGAGCCCCCCCACCUCACCAUCCCUCCCAAAUCCUUCUAGCUACAGUUUCAUUCACACUGAUCACACCUACUCCCUGAGCUGGAACGUACAGGCUUCUUCCCAAGAUGUAUACAUUGAUCUAGAUGAUAGGAGUCUUGAGGAUGUGGCUGAAGAAGCAAAGGUCUCUUUUCAGAUGGAAGAAAUGACCUUUAAGCAUGAAUUUCCUCAGUUAAUAUUGACAGAUGAAGAGAAAAGGCUGCUAACAAAAGAGGGAUUGACCCUUUCUGAAACUCUCCCCCUUACUAAGGCAGAGGAGAGAAUCUUGAAACGAGUUCGGAGGAAGAUUCGGAACAAACAAUCAGCUCAAGAAAGUAGAAGGAAGAAGAAAGUGUAUGUGGGAGGGCUAGAAAAUAGGAUCAUAGCUUGCACAGCCCAGAACCUGGAGUUACAGAAGAAAGUCCACCUCUUGGAGAAGCAGAAUUUGUCCCUUUUGGAUCAGCUAAAGAAAUUCCAGGCUUUGGUAGCUGAGAUGACAACUAAACCCACCAGCAAUAGCACUUGCAUUGUGGUCCUGCUCUUCUCCUUCUGCCUCCUCCUCUUUCCUGCCAUGUAUCCCUCUGAGAUUCGGGGCCACCAGCCAGCAACUGUCAUGCUGUCCCGUCAGAUCCGGUCUCUUCCCAGUGAUAAUCUCUCUCUUUUUCUGGAAUAUCCUGCUUGGCCGACAGACGAGAAAUCAGAGGUUACCUUCAAUCCAUCAGCAGAUUCAACAACCUCUCUAGCCCCAGUAAAUUCUUCCUCUGAUUCUUUUGCUGGAACAAGUGAUGAACAGAUUUUGAUGCCACCAGACCCAGCCCACUCCACUCUUCUGCCUUCAGAGGCCACCAAGAAGCACAGCUGGGCCCCUACUACACCCACUAUCAUUCUUCGAGGACGGCACUCCAAUGAGAUGUGAUUAUAGAGGCAGGAAUUAAGAUGCUGGACAGACUGAGGAAAUGCCCAGAAUAUCAGGGAAUACUGAACAGGCAAAAGUUGAAUGGUUUUGUAUAUACAUAUACUAUCUCCUUAUACCUUGUAUUAUCUCCUCAUACUUUGUGGGCUCCAUAUUGUAGAUAGCAAUAAAAAUGAUGUAUCUGAGGCUGGCCCUCCCAGACCUGAGAAUUCAUAUUAUACUCUUA